ACUCCCAUCCCUCAAGUCCGAUUCCCCUGCGAUCGAUGGUGGUGGCCGCCGCAUCUGCUCGCUGCUGCUCGGUUGUGACUCCCAUCCUUCACCACAGCCGCCCCGCCGCCGCCUCCGCCUCCGCGCUCCGCCUCCCACGACGAAUCACCAGGCCGCCACUCUCCUGCUCGACCUCCGCCUCGCCGCUCGUCACCGUCGCAUCCAUGGACGCGCCGCCGCAGGGCUACCGCACCAACGUCGGCAUCUGCCUCGCCAACCCCUCCCUCACCAAGAUUUUCUCGGCUUCUAGGAUUGACAUUCCUAGCGCGUGGCAGAUGCCUCAGGGUGGUAUAGAUGCAGGGGAAGAACCCAGAGCGGCUGCUAUUAGGGAAUUGAGAGAAGAGACUGGCGUCACAUCUGCAGAGAUCGUGGCUGAGGCUCCUAACUGGUUAACAUAUGAUUUCCCGCCGGAUGUGAGAGAAAAACUGAAUGCUAGGUGGGGAACAGAUUGGAAAGGCCAGGCUCAAAAAUGGUUUUUAUUUAGAUUUACUGGAAAUGAUGAUGAGAUUAACCUUAAUGGUGAUGGAUCUGAGAAGCCAGAAUUUGCUGAAUGGACAUGGAUGACACCCCAGGAAGUUAUUGAAAAGGCAGUCGAGUUCAAAAAACCUGUAUAUGAGGAAGCACUGAAACACUUUGCCCCCUAUCUACAGUCAGAUCCAGCCUCUUCGUCGUAAAUUUGACCAGUUUGCAUAUAUUUAUUUUUAUUUGGAGUGGCCCUGUUGUACGGAAACCCCAAUUUUCUCAUGAAGUGAUGUAGGUAUGCGACUAGUAUUUUAUAAUGGAUGGCCUAUUUGGUCAGUUAUUAUGUUUGCAUUGGAUUCAUCUUUUCAUCUGUCAUGCAAACAGUUUAUGAUAGCUAUCAAAUUUAGUUUU